ACUAGUUGCAGGCCUUCUUGUUCAGCAUUCUAUAGUGGAACAGAAUGGAUAGGGUGAAUGUAUACUAAAAAAAAGGAUUUUCUGGCUGUCUCACACUAGAGAGGCUGAGAAACCCUGAGUUCAUGAGACUGGGUAGCUCAGCAGUUCCCAUCUGACUGUAAAGACCUAAAAAAUCUCCAAGGAGCUGCCCGUACAGUCUUCGUUAGAAUGCCAUGGAACCUGAUUCUAUCAGCAGAGGAACACAGCAGUGGCAGCAACCAGAGCUGAAUUUGCCAACAAACAUGAAAGCAAGCCAUAGUCUUCAACCCUGAACCUUGCUGAGCUAUGGGUGGCACCAAGGACUCUCCUUCCCUCUCCUCAGAUGUGGAGCAGCCUGUACAACACAGACCCCAGGGUUUCUCCGACAGUUUCCCAGAGGCUGAGAAUCCAGAGACUCAGAGGCUGCAGAGUCUGUCUGACAUCACUGGGGAAGUGGAGACCAGAGCUGAGGCUGACAAGAUCCUAGCCCAGGCCGAGAAGACCCUAAGACAGGCUAGGACGAUCCUAACCCAAAGUCAGUUAACCCAAGUCCAGUCCCAGAUGAUCAGAGUCCAGAUUGAGGAGAAGCUAGCCCAGGCUGAGGAGAAGCUAGCCCAGGCUGAGGAGAAGCUAGCCCAGGCCGAGGAGAAGCUAGCCCAGGCCGAGGAGAAGCUAGCCCAGGCUGAGGAGAUCCCAGACCAGACAGAAGAGGAACAAGAUGACUGUGACAACCAGAAGAGCCAAGAUGAAGUUGGAAUCCUAAAACAGAUUUGGCGCAAAAUCAAGGAUUUAAUAAAUAAGCUAAAGAAAUUCUUUAGACGCCGUGGUUAAGUUUGUUCUGCCAAAAAGCAGUUGAAGGAAAAUUUUCAUGCCUUUGUCAUUUCUGCCAAGUCAGCCACUACACUCUGCCUUAUGAGAAUUCCCGAAACCUUACUCAACUGAAGAACAUCCAAGCAGGCGUAGGUAACAGGGCCAACCUGCCCUCUCCUCACAUCUUGCACAGAAUGUCCUCAAGACCACUUCUACUUUGUCUACUUUGACCCUCAGGCCCCUGUGUCACCUGUUCCCUGGAUGUCAGUUCUGUUCCUCUUGUCCCGUGUUCCUUAAUAAAAGUUGCUUUAACGGAA